AUGUCUGAGGCACCGUCCUGCCCGGACAGUGAGGCCCCGGCCCCGGCCCGCAGGCUGGGCGCCCUGUACUGGGCCUGUGUGCGCAACGACCCUGCCCAGCUGCAGGCUGCGCUGGAGGCCGGGGUGUCCCCGGAGGAGGCCGCCCAGGCGGACGGCAACGGGAGGACAGGCCUCAUGGUGGCGUGCUCCCGCGGCUUCGGGAGCGUCGUGGCCCUGCUCAGCCGCUGUCCGUUCCUGGACGUGAACCAGCAGGACAAAGAAGGCGACACGGCCCUCAUGCUGGCCGCCCAGGCAGGCCACGCGCCCCUGGUGAGCCUCCUGCUCGGCUACUACGCGGGCCUGGACCUGGAGCGCCGGGACCAGCGGGGGCUGACGGCGCUGAUGAAGGCCGCGCUGCGGGACCGCGCGGACUGCGUGGCUGCCCUCCUCAUGGCAGGUGCUGACCUGACAGCCGUGGACCCUGUGCGGGGCAGGACGGCCCUGGAGUGGGCGCUGCUGACCUACAGCUUCGACACGGUGCGCAGGAUCCGGCAGCUGCGGCGGCAGCCCCGGGCGGAGCAGCUCAGCCAGCAUUACCGACCAGAGUGGCCGGCCCUGCCCCGGCUCGUGGCCCAGGCCCAGGCCCAGGGCGCCCCCUCUCUCCUGGAGAGGCUCCAGGCCACCCUGAGCCUCCCCUUUGCCCAGUCUCCGCAGGAGGGGGGUGUCCUGGACCACCUUGUGACCCUCACGACCAGCCUGGCCAGUCCCUUCCUCACCACUGCCUGCCACCCUCUGUGCCUGGACCGCCCGCCUGCACUGGGGACCCGAAGCAAGUCCGUGCCAGAGCUGCUAGGCACGGCUCCUCCCCCGCCCCCAGACCCCCAACCUCCACAGGUGGUCCCUGCCCCCCGGGUCCUCAUCCCUUACCAGAGUCCUCCCGGUGUGCUGAGUAUGUGCCCUCAGUGGCUACAGCCCAGGGCCGGUCCCAGCCCCAAGCCUCAAGUCCCCAAGAUCCUCCUCUCCAAGGCGCCCUCACCGCCCAGCCAGCGUGAGCCGGAGCCCAGGCCUGCAGGGCAUCGCAGGCUGGCCCUUCCUGUCUGGCGGUACCGGGAGCUCAGGGUGCAGAGGAGGAUGCAGGAGAAGGAGGCACAGAGCCAGGGGAAGGCGGGCUAG